UAAAAAUAAAAGAACACUGUACGCGAGUGUAACGGAAACAGUGAAUAAGAAACAAAAAGUAAAAAAGUAAAAAAUAAAAGCAACGGCAACGACGGUAGUAAUGUGAAGAGAGUGUGCCCUAAAACCUUAACCACUGGAGGCUAAAACGGUCUAAUCGUCCAUCUUGUGCGUGCGGUACGCUGAAACGUUGGACGCGUUUCCGUCGUGGUGAUGCCGAUAAAAGAAAUAUACAAACAAAUAAAUGAAUAAAUAGAUAACGAGGAAAAAACAAGAGGAAGGAUUAAACAUAUUUACACAGGAGAGGCAAAUACAAAAGCAACGUCGAUGAGUCUGCUACUGUUUUUCAGUCGCUACCGAUCUACCGCGAAUUCGUAGCAAUCAAGAUUUCGACCGUUCACUUUCAACCCUUUCUUCUUCUCCUUGGUCGUCGUUGUCGUCGUCGUCGUCGUCGUCGUCGUCGCAGCACACGCGAAUAUGAGCAUGACUCUUGUCAAGAAUACGUUGAAAGGGUGUAGCGAGGAUGAGGCAGGAGCUGACGGAUCAGCCGAAAACGGGAAACGGUGUCGGCAGUGCAGCAUCCUUUGCGUGAAUCCAACAGCCUAUCGGCUCCACCUCGCAGACGCCCACAAGACAAGCUACUCCAGCAAUAAGCAGAGCGUAAAUUCGCAAUUCACAGAAGCAUCCUGUGACAAGUGCAGUAAAACAUUUGCAAAUGUCCACCGACUAAUCAGGCACAUGAUGAGUCAUGACGACAGCGCGCAUUUGCGAAAAUUUAAAUGCACUGCCUGUGACAAGGCGUUCAAAUUCAAACAUCACCUCAAGGAACACUUACGGAUACACAGUGGAGAAAAACCAUUCGAAUGUAACAAUUGUGGAAAAAAGUUUUCACAUUCUGGUUCUUACUCGAGUCACAUGACAUCCAAAAAGUGUUUAAUCGUCAAUUCAAAGAAGUCUCGACAAGGCACAAUUGGUAGUGCGAACAGGGGAUCUAAGAAGUGCCAACAAUCGUCUCAGGGUAGACGAGACAUCGACAACAUGCUCGCAGCAAAUAACAAUACCUAUCUUCCGAUCCUUCCAAAACUUUCCCCAUCCGAAUAUCUAGAUAUUCAGCGAGAAGGAGGCAUUUACGACGUUCCUACGUUGUUACCUCGCAUGGUGGGGUUUAGUAGUUACUUUCUACAAUCGUCUCUUGGUAAAAUUUUGAGUCAACUCCACUCUAAGAGGGUUGAAGAAGUAACGGAGCAGUUUGAGUCCCUUAGAGAAACCAUGAGUCCAUCUACCGCAGACUCAGAAGGUACAGAGGGUACCGAAGGGAACGAAUCGCCAGCUUUAACAGAUCCUCAAGGGCUGGAUGCGGUGCGACGUAUUUUAGAAACAGUAAAUACCUCUGUAACUAAACAACUUCUAGAAGCCAGUGUAAAGAAGUUGGCUUGCUCACCCGCAAGCAUCAAAACAGACUACGACGAAGACUAUCAGGAUCCGGAUAGCGAAAUGUCAUGCGAGAUGACACAAUACCCAGACUGGCCAUCCACGGAUCCCUAUGAUUCUCAAAGCGAAGGACUGGCUGCGAAGUUGGAGGAUGCAAACCAGAAUCAAACCGAGUCAUCGGUAGAUGAUAGUAACAAGAAUAAAACAGUGGAAAUGGAAGUUGAAAGUUCGGAUCAAGACUCUGGAGAAGAAGACGACGUAAGCCAUACCAUGAACGUGGAAGGAGGGCGGCGAGUUAGAGCACGGUCUUUGAUAGACGACGAACAGCUAGCAGUACUUAAAGGCUACUACGCUAUAAAUCCUCGUCCUAAGAAAGAGGAAAUCACUAUGAUUGCAAAUUAUAUAAAUUUUUCAACGCGAGUCGUACAGGUUUGGUUCCAAAAUUCUCGAGCAAGAGAUCGCAGGGAAUCAAAAAUGCCUGGACUCUUACCGCUGUUUAACGCUGGUAGUCAAACAACGGCCGAGCAACCUCUAGAUUUGUCAAAGAAGGACGUACUAACGAUUACGGCUGUAAAUGACAUUAGUGGCGAUAAUUCGAGUAAGAAUUCCAACAAAUCAAACUCCACAGUAACAGAAGACAUUCCUGUGACUCCAGCCCCUGACAUAGAUGAUGUUGACGAUGCGCCACUCGUCAUAGAUGAAGAAACAACUGACUCUAUCGACAUGAAAAAUCAAUCUACCACUGUGGAUAUUAUUCCCAAGAAUCAAUGUCAAACUCCAAUAAAAAACGAGAACGACGGUGCAAUGCAACCUGAAGUUUCAGCUAGUGGGGAAACAGAGCAAGAAGGUCUCUACUUCUGUGAUCAAUGCGAUAAAACAUUUUCAAAGCACAGUUCUCUGGCGAGACACAAAUAUGAACAUUCCGGUCAAAGGCCAUACAAGUGUGAGGAAUGCCCAAAAGCGUUCAAGCACAAGCAUCACCUGACUGAACACAAACGGUUGCAUAGCGGAGAGAAGCCAUUCCAGUGCAAAAAGUGCCUCAAGCGCUUCUCUCAUUCGGGUUCUUAUAGCCAACACAUGAACCAUCGUUACUCUUACUGCAAACCGUACAGAGAGUAGAGACGUUAAAAAAAAAUGUCUCUCAAUAUCCGAAGGUCUACUUUGCGCACAACCCAAGUAUGUACGUACAGAUGAUCUUUUUAUUCUGGACUUAAGAGUAGAUUUCGUUUUUUUAUAUUUUUACCACCUCGUGUUAAUGUCUUUGCAAUUACUUGUUUCUACGAGAUUGGCAAAAAUUACAAUGGCCGAAUGUGCAGAAGCUGUUCAUUAUUAAAACAGUUGAUCGGUUGUCGAUGGAAGUCAAAAUACGUAAAAAGGUUUCUGUCGUUGAAGUAGAAACAGUUUUUUUUAAAUUUUUUUCUAGAACUUGCAUUACAUUUCACCAAUGAAUUGUUAUGCAUUUGACACAGACGAGACCUUAACUAACAGUACUUCCGAAGUAUUUUUAAGAUAACACGAGCUGGUACACGCCGAGAAAUUAUCAUGUUUUGCGAUUUGCAUUUCGUUGGUAAAUGAAUUAUUCGGAUCACGAGCAAACCGUGCUGCUUGAUCAUUCCAAUUGAAUAUGCAAUUUUCGAUCAUGUUAUCAUCGGCUGGCUAUAUAUAUAUAUAAUAUAUAUAUAUAUAUAGUAGUACGUAUACAUGUAAGCAACCAAACAACACGGAACGGUACCAAAAACGCAUAAUGCAAUAAUAAUUCUAUUAUACUAUAAUAAUAAUAUUAAUAAUAAUAACAAUAACAAUAAUGAUAAUAAUAUAAUAAUAAUAUACAUAAUAUUUUAUUAUUUUUAUUAACAAAAUAUUAUAUAUACCGUGACAAUAAUAAUAAAAAAAAAAAAAACUAAUUAAUGUACAAAUUUGUUAGCUAUACAUUCGCUAAGGAGUGCGAUUUACAUUGACAAAUAUAAAAAUAAUAAUAAUACAAUACAGUGCCAGGCUAUUAUAGAAAUAUUUACUCUCAUACACGGAUGUUGAAUUCACAUACGUAAUGUGCAAAAAUGUGCUUGUAUGCUGAAGCAAAGUUAAUAAUCAGGUUCAUAUUGAAAUUGCGGCUGUGUUUCGAUUCAAAACCUGUGUUUUUUUCGUGUAAUUCAUUCAAGUUAUUGAUCAGACACCAAAAUGAAUACUUGAUCAUUCCUUCAACAGAAUUACAAGCUGCUCGCUUCAAAGUUAUGAAUAUUUAUUCGAAUUUUUUUAGAACAUCAUUAAUAUAAAGUAUUAAAAUUCAUAGAACCGUAGAAUAUUUGGAGAUUGAUGAAAAUAUUCGCACAGAAAUUUCUUUAAUUUUUAACAUAUUUGAAAAAAAAAACCAUCAGUAUAUACUUUAAAAAUUAAAAUCACACAUUCCGUACCAGAGAUAUGCCAAACAGUAAACGAUGGCAAUACGAAAAGCUUAAAAAUGUUUUUGCAUACGCCAAUCGAAACACAAUCGUACUCUAAAUAUGAUGUAAAAAAACCCUAAAAUUCAAGAUUGCCUAUGGUUCAUCUAAAUAUACAUAUUUUUUUAAUGCUAAUUUUGAAUAUUGAAAUGAUGAAAACAUGCAUCAAGCAAUUAAAAUGAUAAAAAACGAACACGAAAUUAAUAAAUAAAGUUGGUGAUUUUUUUUACCCAAUUAUGAAAUUGGGUACGGGCAAUUAAUCAAUAUGACAAAAAUUGGAAUAACGAAUUCUGAGAUGUCUUGGCAUACCUUUGAUAGAGCUUAACGUAAAGAUCUUACUCUGGUUACCACAAAACAAAAAAGGUGAAAAUAAAAUAGGAUCUGAUAUUUCGCCUCCUUUGUCUAGAUUACUCCUAAGUCGAUUUAAAAAAAGAAGGAA